AUGUCUUCGAUAAAGAGAAAACGAGCUGCGCUUGGCCUGCCUUUAACGCAAUUGACGGGCCAUGCUCAAACGCCCACAAAGUCCGACAAAAGCUCUGAUAAAGCCGUAGAAGCAUCAUCUGUAUCCAAGACUUCAAUUCAUAGAUCACAGCCAGAACUUGAUCAAAGUGUGAAACCAUUUGUUGGUGAAUUCGGUAGGACUGAUUCCAGCUUUCCGCAUUUCAUAAUGACUGGUGAUAACUCAGUUUUGCAUUGUUGUCAGCCAUCAAAGACAUUUCCACCUGCAAAAACAGCUCUUGAUGCAGCCC